UGGGUGUAGGAUGGAGGAAGCAACCGCCAAAGACGGAGACCUGAUGACCAGCCACCAGGCUCUGUGUGUCACUGAUCAGGGGACCAGGAAACGCUCUGGCAUUUCCACUCUAAAAUUAUUUAUUGUGGCGCUGUCCUUCGCCUGCUUCUCCAAGGCUCUGGCAGGAACCUACAUGAAGAGCUCCAUCACCCAGAUUGAGAGACGUUUCGACCUUUCCAGCAUGCACAUCGGACUCAUAGAUGGCAGUUUUGAGAUGGGCAACUUGUUGUUUCUUGCUGUGGUCAGCCAUUUUGGGGCCAAGCUACAUCGUCCCAGGUUCAUUGCUGUGGGCUGUUUUGUCAUGGCUGUGGGGUCCUUUCUCACCGGCCUGACGCACUUCUUCAUGGGACGCUACAAGUACAACACAAUCAUAGAGGUUUUCCAGAAUGACAGUGUGAACAUCGCCGCCUGUGCGGAUCCACUUAAGACAGAAGUACUUGAAAUUCAGAUAGAGCCUUCUGUGGAAGACAACAAAGCCUGUGUGAGAGAGUCUGGUUCCAACAUGUGGAUCUAUGUGUUCCUGGGGAACGCUCUGCGGGGUAUCGGAGAAACCCCGGUCACACCUCUGGGCAUCUCUUACAUCGAUGACUUUUCUAAAGCUGAAAACUCACCCUUCUACAUAGCUUGUCUCCAGACCAUCACUCUCCUGGGCCCCAUGUUUGGUUUCCUCCUGGGCUCCUACUGUGCUAAACUAUAUGUUGACAUUGGAUAUGUUGAUGUUGAAAGUGUGACCAUCACUCCUAAAGAUGCCCGCUGGGUGGGUGCCUGGUGGAUGGGCUUCAUGGUGUCUUCCGCCCUCCUCCUCAUCUCUGGCAUUCCCUUCUGGUUCCUGCCUCACUCACUGCUAAAGCAAGAGGGAGACGACAGCAAGCCAAGUCCCACCCUUGGGACCCUAGAUGGGACAGAGGAUGCCACCAACAACACUCACAACCUCAAGCUGACUGACAUCGCCAAAGGGUUUUUUCCUUCACUGAAGCGGCUGUUGGGAACUCCUGCCUACUUUCUGCUCCUCUGUGGGAGCAUCCUGAAGUUCAACUCUUUCAUUGGCUUGUUUACUUUCAAAGCCAAGUACAUGGAGCAACAGUUUGGACAGUCUGCAUCCAGAGCCAACUUCCUCAUAGGUAUGUUGAACCUGCCGGCAGUGGCUGUGGGUAUCUUCCUGGGAGGCCUGCUGAUGAAGAGGUAUAAACUGAGUUUGGUGUCAGGAGCUCAGCUCUCUUUCGCCACAUCCUUCAUGGCAUACCUCCUCAUGCUGCUGCAGUUUGGCACCACGUGUGAUAACAUUCCCAUGGCUGGCCUCACCAUCUCAUACAACGGGACGCAGAGUAUAUCAUCCGACAGGGACAUGCUCUUCUCGGAGUGUAACAGAGACUGCUCGUGUUCAGCAGACGAGUGGGACCCCGUGUGCUCGGACAGCGGCAUCACCUACAUCUCUCCAUGUUUGGCUGGCUGCCUCGGCUCCAGUGGAUACGGCAAGAACACAGUUUUCCACAACUGUAGCUGUGUGUCCACCUCUUUCCCAGCAGGCAGCAGUACAUCGGUGAGGCUGGGGCAGUGUCCCCAUGCCAAGGACUGCAGCCGCAGUUUCACCUCCUACAUGGCUGUGUCUGUUCUAAGCUCCUUCAUCAACGCUCUGGGAGCCACACCUGGCUACAUGGUCAUCAUACGAUGCAUCUCACCAGAGCUCAAAUCCCUUGCACUGGGUAUCCAGGCCCUAGCAACUAGGACUCUUGGUGGACUUCCUGCACCCGUGUAUUUUGGAGCCCUGAUUGAUUCAACUUGCCUGAAGUGGUCAGUCAAAAAGUGCGGAGGCAGGGGGACAUGUCGCAUUUAUGACUCUGACAUGUACAGGAUCAUCUUCCUGGGUCUGAUCACAUGUCUCAGUGGUUCCUCAUAUGUCUUCAUCAUUGCCGUCAUCGUCCUCCUCAGACGACAGUUUCGGAAACCAGAGCGAAAACCAGAGACGCAAAAUAAAAAGGCUUCAAAGUCAAUUGAACUUCAAGCCCCAUCAAACCCCACUCAGGUCCAGUCAGGCGCUCCUAAAACCCCCAAACUGCCUCAUGCUCCCAAAGUUUGGGUAAGGAUGGCAACAAAUCUGGAAGAGGGAGGGGAAGUCCACGGAACCGAGCAGCUCCACCAAGAUGUCAGACCUAGUUCCUCAGAUAACACCCAGGAGAGACAACAGCUUAAAUCCUUAACAGAGACCACUGUUGAGUUGACCCCUCUUUCAAGUGAGGACGUACAGUUGGAGAUGGAUGGGCUGAUGUCAGAGGAGGAGGUGAAAGAGGGAAAAGACGAGGUUUGCCAGGGGACGAAUGCACGGUUGGAAAAAGAGGACUGUCUCACAGAUAACAAGGAUGUAGAGAAUGUAACAACGCACAGUAAAGGAACUAAUGGCCCGCAACACUAAAGUGUUCCCCAUUGUGUACUAAAACAAGGCCAACUGGGACCGUGAAUGUUACUGAGUUUGGCUAAAAGUCACAUUUACUUUGCUUUUUUAUCUGGACUGUACCAAGCUCUAUGCUAACAGUAAUUUUCCUCUUUUUAUCACAGUAUAGAGAUGUUUUAUUACCCUUGGUCCUGAAAAUGAAACGGGCUACCAGUGAUCCUCUUUUCACAGCUGAAACAUAGUACAGUCCUA